AUGCCGCCAGAGUUGGUGAUAAUGCCGGACGGUUCAGAGCGUUUACAGAAUGGCCGGGACCAAAAUCGGUACCAUAAGCAACCGAACAAAACUCUCGCCAACCAUCGCCACUCGACGCGUCAUCAUCGGGUGAUGCUGCUGGUUGCAAUGAUCCUGAUGAUGCUGCGGCUGAUACCAUGCGCCCAAGCGGACAUUCUAGUCUAUCAGAUGCUGAACGAUCAGAUCAUCGAAGAAUUUCGCGACCUUCCGGCCACCUUUGGGGGAGACAUUCCUGAUUCCGGGCUGAAGGUACUCGCUGACAAAGCCGAUCCACCGGAUGGUUGUAUGGAAAUGCGCCCAGCGCCGAAUUCUACGAGCAAAUUUGCUGUAGUGAUUUCUCGCUACAACUGUUCGUUCGAGGUGAAGGUACGAAAUGCUCAACAAGCUGGAUAUGCCAUGGUCAUUGUACACAACGUGGGCAGUAACGAUUUGGAACAUAUGUCUGCCAACCAUCCGCAGGAUCUGCUCAUCCCGUCGGUGUUUGUUGGUGAAAGCAGCGGACGCAGCAUCAUCGAGAUGUACCUGUACGAUCGAGGUUAUGCCCUUGUCAUCACUGAUGACAUCCCGUUCAACAUUAGCAACAAUCUGAUUAUUCCAUUCGCCAUUGUAGUUGGGUUGUGCUUUAUCAUUAUGCGUGUCUUGCAGGUGCUGUUCAUGAUUAUCCGUUGCAUUCGAGAGCGCCGUCGACGGAUGCGCCAUCGGUUGCCGGCCCGUGUGCUCCGACGGAUCGGGAUUGUAAAGUUUGCCAAAGGCAUGAAUUUCGACGUGUGUGCCAUCUGUCUGGAGGAUUUUGUGGAAAACGAGCGACUGCGGGUAUUGCCCUGUCGGCAUGCAUAUCACGCGAUCUGCAUCGAUCCUUGGUUGACAAAGAAUCGCCGUGUGUGUCCUAUCUGUAAACGGAAGGUAAUUAUACGCGGGGAAGCACGUCAACGCCGUUAUUCCAGCGACAGCAUGUCCUCAACGAAUGCGGACGAAUCGACACCACUGCUAAAUUCGUCGGAAACCAGUGGAUCGAGUGGUGGCGGUGCUGCAGCGGCUGCAGUAGUAACCGCACCACCUGCGACAUCGUCUUCCACACCAGCCACUCCCGGCAAUGCGGUCCCACCAUCAAGGGACUCUGGUGGUGCAUCGGCACAAGGUGGUGCAGCGGCACAAACGCAAAGGGAGCAGCAACAACUGCAACAGAAUGCUGUCCCCAGUAGCCAUGUGAUGGAAGUGCCACCAUCGGACGAUGACGAUGAACUGUUGGAUGAUCGAAAUGUACCAAGCGCACGCUGGCUGUUGCGUGGCCGUACUUCCUCCCAACAACAGCAGCAACAGCAACAGCAACCAUUAAACGAAUCACCUUACAGUCCGAUUGGUGACAAUGUGGUUUCCUUCCCACGUUGGAGGUUUUUCCAAAGAUUUUUCACUAGAUCUUCGACCCAGGCCGAAAACGUAGCCGACAUUCAACAGGAACCACCUCCCAACCAGUCACCAUCGUCUUCGCCGGCAAAUCCCCCCUCACCGGUAGGUACCGGAAACAACAUCCUCAAUGCGCAUCUGUCCGGUUGGUUCCACGGUUCGGAGGACACGACUGAUGACGAGCUGCUCGAUGCAAUGCGCCGCGACAGGACAAAGCAUCGUCAGUUCCGCUCAGCACCGGACAUGCCCUCGACCAGCGUCGGAGCUCGGAUCGGUGUGAUCGCUUUGCCGAACGUGAACUUUAACCCGGUCGGUGGGGCAGCAGCAGCGACAGCAGUACCAACGCCACCAACACCACCAACCGAAUCGGCAUCCGCUGAUAGCAAUACACGCGUCCCUAGGCGUUCGCGUCGGCAACGGAGGCACGAUACGAAUGGCAACAAUAGUCACAUUGUGUAG